UCGGCAGUGAUAUGCAUUAAUGAUGUUGCGACUCAGAUACUGUUACGCAAUUGGUUAUUACGUGGUUCCGCGUUAAUUGCAACGCACAUCCAUCACGCAACACGUCACAAGAUUUAGAUAGCCUUAGAUACUCGGUUAGAAACUCUAUUGUCACAAGGAGGGUAUCAACUUCGGUCGCAGAACAAGCUGGACGUUAAACAAAAUGAAGCUCGGGUGGGCGCAAUUAGCGAAAUACGGUAAGCGGAGGCUGCCCAUCCUUGCCUGGGCACCGGGUUACAGGCCAAGCUGGAUCCUGCAGGACAUGCUGGCCGGGAUCACAGUCGGACUGACCGCAAUCCCUCAGGGCAUAGCGUACGGAAUUGUGGCUGGUCUUAAUCCCGAGUAUGGCCUCUACUCGGCGUUCAUGGCCUCCUUCGUCUACAUAUUUUUUGGCUCCUGCACCAACAUCACCAUCGGACCCACCGCCAUCAUGGCCGUUAUGGUCCAGUCGAUGGUCGCGAACUACGGAGCUGACAUGGCGGUUCUGAUCUGUUUUCUAAAGGGAUGCAUCAUCACCGUCCUCGGGAUCUUUCACUUGGGAUUUCUCCUGGACUUUAUUUCACUCCCAGUAAUUACUGGCUUCACAUCCGGAGCUGCGGUGACAAUUGCCUCGUCUCAGUUCAAGCCGAUUUUGGGGAUUCCAGGGCCGAGUUCUUCGUUCAUUGACUCCGUGGUCUCGGUAUUCACAAAUCUGGACCAGAUAGGCUGGUGGGACGCACUCCUGGGGUUCGGAACCAUCGCGAUUCUGGUCGCCCUUAAGAACCUUCCGGGACGCAGGAACGGGACUGCCUGGCAAAAAGUCAUGUGGAUGAUUGGUCUGGGACGAAACGCGAUCGUCGUUGUGUUCGGCACGGGGCUGGCCUACGCUUUUUACGUCUACGAUAUGGAACCCUUUCGGCUGACAGGGAGUAUGGGCCAGGGAUUGCCGCCCCUUUCCUGGCCGCCUUUCUCGACGCAGUUUGGAAACGAGACGCUGACCUUCGUCGACAUGGUUACAGGGAUGGGCACGACGCUGGUAACCAUGCCGAUCAUCUCGACCAUCGAGCACAUCGCCAUUGCCAAGGCCUUCUCCAUGGGAAAGGCCCUUGAUGCAACCCAGGAAAUGCUGGCCUUGGGGUUGUGUAACAUAUUUGGAUCCUUUGUCCGGUCGAUGCCAGUCACCGGGUCCUUUACCAGAACUGCCGUGAAUUACGCCUCAGGAGUGAAGACACCGCUGGGAGGACUUUUCACCGGCAUCCUGGUGCUCCUGGCAGUCGGUCUUCUUACUGGAACCUUUAGAUUCAUACCUCGAGCAACCUUGUCCGGUGUUAUUCUGUGCGCCAUGUACUACCUGGUGGACUUUCCCACUUACGCUUUACUCUGGAGAGCCAAGAAGGUGGAUUUCAUAGUCCUGAUCGCAACCCUCAUCGCGUGUGUCUUCCUGGGUCUCGAACUCGGCAUCGUCAUAGGCAUCGGUCUCAAUCUCAUACCUUUGUUCUACUACUCGGCUAGACCGGCGGUUCAAAUGCGAAUCGAACAGAUCGAGGGAAAGACGUUCAUCCAGGUGAUGCCCGAGGAGACGGUUUCCUUCCCCGCGGCUGAGCAUCUGCGGAACGGCAUAAUGAAGCUGUCGGAGAAAAAUUCCUCGGACGUAAUAUUCAAUUGUAAAAACGUUAAGAGGAUCGACUCAACGGUUGCUAAGAACAUCAAACUCCUCGCUAAGGAUCUCUCGGUCAGAGGACAAGAAGUCACGUUUACUGGCUGCUCCGAAAACGUGGAGAGAAUCCUUGGCACUGUGGCUCCGGAACUCACGAAUCGAUUCACAAAGGCCGAAGGACUCUCCGUUUGAAUUUCAGGCUCAGUUUUGUGGUGUUUGUAUGAAAAAAAAUUUCAUAGCCGGAAUA